ACAAAAGCUUCCUGUGUGGGGGUACAAGCGCUUUAGACCUUGUGAUACAAAGAGUUGGACAGAAAGAAUCAGACAGAGAGAGAAAGACAGGCAAGGCCACGGAUGUAGGAUCAACUCUACCAGGCAAGCAACAGUAAACACACGAGAGAAGCCGAAGUGAGAGAUGAAGAGCAGAGAAGGUCACAGCGAAUUUAAGCGUUGACCACAGAACUUGUAAACUGCUGCUACCACUGCUUCCGUAACGACACAUCAGUUCCUCAACUCAACUACAGCCCAAAGACAGACGCACACAGAGAGAAAGUGAAAGAUGGGCUCCUUUCUGAAAUCCACCGAUCUCCCGUUUCUCUGAUAUGACGGAGGAAGCUGCUGUCUCACACAUCAUGCCAUGGAAGCCCAAACACACAUUCUGAGGAACCAACUGGAUCUAAUCGCCAUCAAGGAAGCAGAAGAUGAAAAGGCAGAGAACGGCUUUGCCGGGGAGUUUUUGAGACUGAAAAGGCAGUCGACUAAAUAUCGUGCGGAGAGGACGUAUCCCACCACAGCAGCAGAUAAACAAGACAACGUGAAGAAGAACAGAUAUAAGGACAUUGUUCCCUUUGAUCACAGCAGAGUGAAGCUCUCCCUCAUCACAUCUAAAAAUGACACGGACUACAUCAAUGCUAGUUUCAUUAAGGGUGUUUCAGGCUCUAAAGCAUAUAUUGCCACCCAAGGGCCACUGCCAAACACUGUCCUUGACUUCUGGAGAAUGAUAUGGGAACACAACAUACAGGUUAUUGUGAUGGUUUGCCGAGAGUUUGAAAUGGGCAGGAAAAAAUGUGAGCGUUACUGGCCAGAGUCAAAGGGGGAUGUGUUUGUGUGUGAGGCCUUUACCAUACUCUAUGACUCUGAUGAGAAUAAGGGAGAAUACUUGACAAGAACGCUGAAAGUGACAUUUAAACAAGAGUUGCCUAGACACCUGAAGCAGCUGCACUAUGUGAACUGGCCUGAUCAUGGUGUUCCCGACUCCAUUCCUGCCAUCCUGGAGCUGCUGCAGGAGAUGCGCAUUUACCAGGAUAACGAGGAAAUUCCCAUCUGCAUCCACUGCAGUGCGGGCUGUGGAAGAACAGGUGCAUUGUGCGCCAUUGACUACACCUGGAAUCUACUGAAGAGACAGAUAGUACCAGAGGAUUUCAGCAUCUUUGAACUGGUAAAGGACAUGCGCACACAAAGGCCCUCAGUGGUUCAGACUAAGGAGCAAUAUGAACUAGUUUACAGAACAAUUAAGUUGCUGUUUGAGAGAUAUUUGGCAGCACUUGAAGCACCAAGUAACAAGGUCCCAGAUUCCUCCUCUCCUGCCAUGUUAAGCAGUGGAAGUGAACUCUCAGAUAUCAGCGAUUUCAGUGAUCAGGAACAAACUGAGCACAGGAAUAAUGAGAUCCAAGUGGAUGAAUGCAAUCAUGUGAUGCAAAACAGCGCUUCUUGGCAACAGCCUCAUUCACAACCAUUCAGUCCAGAGGUCAUGUCCAACAAACUCACUCCUGCAGAUCAGCACAAUGCAAGAUGUGAAUGGGUCCAGAUCACAGACCAGAGCUCAUUUAUAGCACCAGUUCUUCAAACUGACUUUACAACUUGUGGAUCUCAAAGACCCGAGACGUCCACCAGCCUAAGCACAGCUUCAACACAAGUUUCAUGUUCAAAUUUUCCCAUCAGCUUCGUAGAGGAACUGAAGCCGAAUGAAAAGCAUCUGGAGUGGGUAGAAGACCAAGAAGCUAGUCCUGUUGUCAAAGAUCAUAACACUGCUCUCCCUAGCACCCUCUGCUUAACUGUGGAAGAUCCUUAUUUUGGGCCCGAGUCUCCACAAGGUAGCAACAAUCCCAGUGUUUUGAACUCUGUGGUUCACGAAAUCUGGACGGAGAAUCCCUGUUUCACAAUACCUAGUUUAGCGCUUAAUAACCAGGCGUUGGAGAUGCCAAAGCAUGACUCCAAUAACAAAGGUGGAAAUACACUUUCAUCUGAUGAGGAAAGCCCUCCUCCUUUACCUAAACGAACCCCAGAGUCUUUUAUAAUGGCAGAUGAAACUAGUGGUCAGUCCAAUAAUGAUAAGAGUGAAACCAGUGAACUGUUAACACUGGUGAUCCCAACAAGCACAGGCUCUGAGACUGUCAACAGAGACAGCCCACCUUCACCUGUGCCCCCAUUGCCUGAGAGAACUCCGGAGUCUUUUGAAAUGGCCACGGAUGCGGACUUGGUACAAAAUGUGACCCAGGAAAAACCCCAGGAGGUUGUAAUGAGAGUUGGGAAAUCAUUAGAAUGGUCUGGGCAAACAAAUGAAGGUCAGACAGACAUGAAACGAUCAUGGUCCAGGAGCAAAAGCUUAAAACUUAGGAUGUCACUUCCUGCAUCAUCUACUCCACUCAGUCCUAUCCUGAUCACAAGUCACAGUCCUCCUCCUCUACAGUAUAAACAUGCACAGGAUACUCUUCUAGACACCUCAACAUCACACGACCAGACAUUUAACUCAUUUCAAGGGACAGACAGUCUAACUCCACCACUUCCCGAAAGAACUCCAGAAUCAUUCGUUUUACACAUGGAGAAAGAGUGCAACAACAGCGCCCCCUGUCAACCAGCUGAAGCAGAGCAGUUCAGAGGGAGAGUGGGAACAUCGUCUGAAUGGUCAGGAACUUCCCAGCCCAAAUCAUCGGUGGCACAUACAUGGAGCCGAAGCAAGAGUGUCAGAGCAAAAGGUUCAAAACAAGACCCUCUUUCUGUGGCUCCGCUGUCUCUGCCCAUCUCUGUAACCGUGACAACCAUAGGCCAAGAAGAGCACCAGACAGGAAACAGCAAUCAGCUAGCAGCCACCGGGCUACUGGAGAACCAGUCAAACAAAGGGGCAGAGAAAACUUCACUGGUCAGCAAAGCAAGGAGCAAGAGUAUCAAGCUUUUAAAAGGAAGACAGAAGCCAAAAACGGCACCACCUCCAGUUCCAUCUUCAGCCUCAUCUACAGCCCCGCCCCAGCCUGUCCCAACUUAUGGUCCUGUGGCAUUCUUAUAUUCUUUUGGAUCUCGUUUUGCAAAGCCAAAGGGACCUCGAAAUAAGCCAGAAACAUGGGUCUAGCUCUUAUAUAAGGAGAACAACAACAACAAAACACACAAGAAAGUGCAACAAAAUUGUCUGAGAAAAGAUUUCUCUCAGCUUUAGAGAGACUGUGUUUAUCAGGGAUAGCAGAUUAACCUCACAGAAUAGACAUUUAUAAAGACUGUGCCUUUGUCUAUGACUUCAACAUCUUUUAAAGGUAUAGUGGCCUUUUUAAACAGUAAAGCAUGUUGCAAAUAUAUUUAAGCAACUCAAAUGUAAAUAAGAUGAUUACAUGUGUGCUACUAAAGCAAGAUAAUAAAGGAGAUGAAUGUACCGGAAAGUA